AUGGAACACUAUGAAUCAAAUAUCACAUUCCCUAUCUCUUCUCCCGGAGUCAAAUCCAAUCAACCAGAUGAAGCUUUAGAUACAAUGGCGAUUAAUGGACUUGGUCUUGUGAAUCCUGAGAAAGUUUAUCACUUCUACGAUGAACUCCACUCGUAUCUGGCGUCUGCUGGUAUCGAUGGCGUCAAAGUUGAUGUUCAGAAUAUCCUUGAAACUCUUGGAUCAGGACAUGGUGGGAGAGUGAAACUUGCCAGGAAAUAUCACCAGGCCUUGGAGGCGUCGAUCUCGAGAAAUUUUCCUGAUAAUGGAAUCAUUUGUUGCAUGAGUCACAAUACAGAUGGAUUGUAUAGCGCAAAGCGUUCGGCGGUUAUUAGAGCAUCAGACGAUUUCUGGCCUAGAAACCCUGCAUCACAUACGAUUCACAUUGCAUCGGUCGCAUACAAUACUAUUUUCCUUGGCGAGUUUAUGCAGCCAGAUUGGGACAUGUUUCAUAGCCUACAUCCAAUGGCUGAAUAUCAUGCUGCUGCAAGAGCUGUUGGAGGCUGUCCUAUAUAUGUCAGUGACAAGCCUCGACACCAUGAUUUUAAUCUUUUGAAGAAGCUUGUACUUCCGGAUGGUUCUAUCCUAAGAGCUAAACUUCCUGGAAGACCAACCAAGGAUUGUUUAUUUGCUGAUCCUGCUAGAGACGGAAAGAGUCUUCUAAAGAUAUGGAACAUGAAUGAUUAUUCUGGAGUUGUUGGAGUAUUCAAUUGCCAAGGAGCUGGUUGGUGCAAAGUUGGAAAGAAGAACCUUAUCCACGACGAGAAUCCAGGCACAGUAACAGGCAUCAUUCGGGCUAAAGAUAUUGACUAUUUAUCCACAGUUGCAGAUGAUAAAUGGACAGGAGACGCUGUUAUAUUUUCUCAUCUUUGUGGAGAAGUAUUUUAUCUUCCAAAGGAUGUUUCUAUUCCAAUUACCAUGAAAUCUCGAGAAUACGAAGUUUUUACAGUAGUCCCUGUGAAGGAGUUAUCAAAUGGUGUCAAGUUUGCUCCUGUUGGUUUAAUCAAGAUGUUCAAUUCAGGAGGGGCCAUCAAAGAGUUCGGUUCUGGAUUUAACGGAAUUUCAAAUGUUUCCAUGAAAGUGCGCGGGUGUGGUCUAUUCGGAGCUUAUUCAUCGGCUCGGCCGAAGUUGAUAAAUGUUGAUUCAGAAGAGGUGGAAUUCAGUUAUGAGGAAGAAUCAGGAUUGGUGACUACUGAGCUCAGUGUUCCUGAGAAAGAGUUAUACCAAUGGAACAUUUCUAUUGAUUUUUAA